GAAAUGACGUCACGAGGUGAAGAGGGCGCUUCCUCGUAUUUGUAAACUUGUAAUCUGAAAGUAGAACGAAAACAUGGCCUUGUCGGUGUCAAACAGCUUUGCACGAAAUGCUUGCCAGUAUUUGAAAACAUGGAGUGUAUACAACUCCCCAGGUGUCCUUGUGAAUGCGUGUCAACACUACAGCACAAACAGCUCCAAACCAAAGACUGGAGUGUUGAUGCUGAACAUGGGAGGACCAGAGACAGAGGGGCACGUCCAGGACUUCUUAACUCGGCUCUUCUUAGACCGAGACUUAAUGCAGCUCCCAGCUCAACAAGUGCUUGGUCCAAGGAUUGCCCAGAGAAGGACACCAAAGAUUCAGGAGCAGUACAGGAAGAUUGGAGGGGGAUCACCAAUCAAACGGUGGACGGAGACCCAGGGUCAGGGAAUGGUCAAAAUACUGGACCAGAUCAGUCCACAAACAGCUCCACACAAGUUUUAUGUUGGUUUUCGAUAUGUACACCCACUUACAGAGGAUGCUAUAGAGGAAAUGGAGAGUGAUGGUAUAGAGAGGGGCGUGGCCUUCACUCAGUACCCCCAGUACAGCUGUUCUACAACUGGCAGCAGUAUCAAUGCUUUCUACAGACAUUACGCCAAGCGAGCACAACCCUCCAGCAUACUGUGGAGCUGUAUUGACCGCUGGCCCACCCACCCGGGCCUGAUCCAGGCAUUUGUAGAAAGCAUUCAGAGUGAGCUUGCCAAAUUUCCACAAAAAGACCAGGAUGAUGUUGUAAUCCUGUUUUCUGCCCACUCUCUCCCUCUUAAGGUUGUGAACAGAGGGGAUCCUUACCCAGCAGAAGUAGGAGCUACAGUAAACAGAGUGAUGGAAGCUCUAAAUUACAGUAACCAGUACCGCCUGGUAUGGCAGUCUAAAGUUGGGCCUCUUCCAUGGCUAGGACCAGCGACAGAUUCAGCUAUAGAAGGACUUGCUGCCAAAGGAAAGAAGAACGUCUUAUUAGUCCCCAUUGCCUUCACUAGUGACCAUAUUGAAACACUUUUUGAAUUAGAUCUGGAAUAUGCUGAGGAACUAGGAGAGAAGCAUAAUCUCAACAUAAGGCGAGCCCCAGCAAUGAAUGACAGCUCAACUUUCAUCAAGGCCCAGGCAGACCUUGUGAAGUCUCAUCUGGAGUCCAACCGUGCCUGUUCUAAGCAGCUGCUGCUGAGGUGUCCAAUGUGUGUUAACAACACUUGUGGUCAGGCCAAGCAGUUCUUCAGUGACCAGCAGGUGCUACUGGACACACACAGACAGCAGGAGAGUGUGGACAGGAAAAUGUCAGCUCAGGCCUGAACUGGACAGGAGCACGUGUUAUUGUUAAUUCUGUCAAAAUCUAUAAUUCCUUGAACAGUCAAACUCAGUGGUGUAGAAAAAAAAUUCAAGAGAUAUCAGAGGAUUUGAGAUAAAAUUCUUAAAUAAAUGAAUUAUUAGAUGGGACUUCAAGAUCACUUCAAUAUAUCCAUGGUACUUAAGACACUGAAGUUCAAUUGUGUAUCACUUUUUCAUUUUACUUUAUGUAUGCCCGGUCAAAAGAGGGUCUUGUUCAAUAACAAAGAUUGGUAAUUCUUAGAAUUCUUUAAAACUUGUAAUUAAAAAUAAAUAUUUUCCCAUUUAAUGUGUUAAUGAAGAUAUGUUUAGUUACCAGGUAUGUGAACAUCCAUGUGUUCAAGUCUUUUUUAAAAGUCACGUACAUGUGUGUAUAUUUUCCACAAAGAUUAGUUGACUGGGUUUCUCCAGGGAAACUUUUGAUUAAAAGUUCAUUUUCAAAACUAUGAACCAAUAAUUUGUAUAGAUUUUUUGUGAUGAACCCUUUAUGUUAAAUAAUUAUGAUGCUUUAGUAUAGUUUACAAUUUAAUUCUUGUCAGAAAAACUUGGUCAGGAAUUGAUUUUUUUGUGAUUUGUCGGAAUCAGUUUAAGACUGAUUAAAAGAUACUCCAUCGUUUUGUGGUGUAUAAACCAUUGUGAUAAACAAAUCCUAUAAAUGAUCUUGUAGAAA